AUGCCCCCUCUCCGUGCGCACACCAAAUCCCGCAACGGAUGUGAUCAAUGCAGAAGCAGGCGGGUGAAAUGUGAUGAGCAGGGCCCACCAUGUUCAAACUGCACAACCCGCGAGUUAAAAUGCACAUACUUGAAAGUCGCCGCCGCUCGUCGCGCUACAACCCAUCUUACCCCACCCAGCUCAACAUCCAACAUAUCCCGGCCCCUGGGUGGCCAUGGCUUGCCUAAAGCAGCGAUGCCCAGUCCAGCUGGUUUACCAAUCCCGGUCCCGACACCAAUCCAAACAAACUCAUUCGGCAUCGACAACCUCGAACUAAUGCACAAGUUUGCAACAGACACAUAUAAAAGUCUCUGCAUCAGCGAAUCAGAAAUAGAAAUAUGGCAAAUAACUGUCCCAACACUCGCCUUCAAACAUGACUACCUGAUGAGCGGGAUCUUGGCGCUAGCCUCAAUGCACAUCGCAACAACAUGCGAGCCAUCAAAAAUAGUAUCCCAGUACUACGAAACAGGACUGCAGUACUAUAAUCGCAGCCUGACGCCAUUUCGCAACGCGAUCGAUAACAUCACGCCGCAGAAUUGCGACGCAGUAUUUGCGCACUCGAUCGUCAUGAUCGCGAUCAGUAUCGCCUCACCUCGACUAAUCGUCACGAAAGACGACUGCGCCAGUAUCACAGAGAACAUCGUGGUACUGUUCGAGUUGCUGCAGGGUGUGAAGAAGAUCAUGCAAGUCAGCAAGUCGUGGAUCAAACUGGAGUUAUUCUCGCGGGGCGAGUUUUGGAAGAAAACGCCGACCGACCUCGACUCAGAUACAGAGGCUGCGCUGACACAUCUGGCGGCGUUGAAUGAUCAGGUUAUGAUUGGGAUUUACUCGGACCAACAUCGCAUUAAUAAGGAUGUCAUUGCGCAUUUGAGGCAUUGUUAUGCUAAAUUUGCGCGCUCAGCAGAUCCGGCGCCGGUUCUUGCUUGGCUUGCGCAUGUUGAGAAGGGAUUUGUUGAUAGCCUCCGGUGUCGGCAGCCGUUUUCAUUGCUUAUUCUUAUGUACUGGGGGGUUUUGUUGAAGGAGCUUGAUGAGAAGCGGUGGUGGGCGCGGGAUUCAGGUAGAGCGCUGGUUUCGGAGUUGUUCGAGGCUUUAAAGUCUGGAGAUCCGAGGUGGGAGAGUGCUCUUGCUUGGGUGCAGCGGAAGAUGGGGCUCUGA